GUGUACGUGUAGUUGCCAUGUAAAUCAAAUUUAACACUGUCAAGAUGGCGGCUGUCUAGUUUUUUCGCACAAACAUUUAUGUGGAAAAGUCCACUUUAAGGCCAUAAUGACCACGAUUGCGGACCUGUUUACUAAAUACAACUGCACCAAUUGCCAGGACGACAUCCAGGGCAUUCGGGUGCAUUGUGCAGAGUGUGAAAACUUCGAUUUAUGCCUGCAAUGCUUUGCGUCCGGGGCAGAGAUCGGAGCCCAUCAGAACAAUCAUGCCUACCAGUUCAUGGACACGGGCACCUCCAUACUGAGUGUGUUCCGUGGCAAGGGAGCGUGGACAGCCCGCGAGGAGAUUCGUCUGCUGGACGCCAUCGAGCAGUACGGCUUCGGCAACUGGGAGGACAUCAGCAAACACAUUGAGACCAAGUCGGCGGAAGACGCCAAAGAGGAGUAUGUAAAUAAAUUCGUCAAUGGCACAAUUGGCCGUGCCACCUGGACGCCGGCCCAGUCGCAACGACCGCGUCUCAUCGACCACACAGGUGAUGAUGAUGGUGGUUCGCUGGGUGCCAGUGCCAUGGCCAAUCUGCCACCUCUGGAGAUCAACGCCGACGAGGCGGCGCAGCUGGGCUACAUGCCCAACAGGGACAGCUUUGAGCGCGAGUACGAUCCCACCGCCGAGCAGCUGAUCUCGAACAUUACGCUCAGUUCAGAGGACACGGAGGUGGACGUUAUGCUGAAGCUGGCUCACGUAGACAUUUACACGCGACGUCUCCGCGAACGGGCCCGCCGCAAGCGAAUGGUGCGCGACUACCAGCUGGUCUCAAAUUUCUUCCGCAACCGCAACUAUGCCUUGCACCAAGGCCUCACCAAGGAGCAGAAGGAGUUUCGGGAUCGGUUUCGCGUCUACGCUCAGUUCUACACUUGCAACGAGUACGAGCGUCUGCUGGGCUCCCUGGAGCGCGAGAAGGAGCUGCGGAUCAGGCAGUCGGAGCUGUAUCGCUAUCGAUACAACGGUCUCACCAAAAUCGAAGAAUGUGUGCACUUCGAGCAGCACGCGGCAAUGGCAUCGCACCGAUCCACAGGACCCUAUGGUCAUGGCAAGACUCUCCUCUGUAUUAUCAACGCACCAAACAGCGAGCGUUUGAAUGGUUGUAUAAGACAAUGUUUAACCACAGGACCUCACGCAGCCCUCCAAUGGAAAUCUUCGGCCGCCAAGCUCUUCCUUGCUCUCCCCACAACCGAAUCUCAGAAAGGCCGAAAUGUCAAGCGGCGCAGAGGCAAGCUCAAGUUCAAUCGCACCAAGAAACACGCACCACACCGUCGACCCGACCUGCUCCGACGGAUUAUCGCACAGCAGAAACUACUUGGAUAACUGUCGGGUAUCGUCGGCAGCUACGACGCUGCCGACAACAACAACAGGGGCGGGGAUGGGGAUGGGGACGGUGACGGGGACAUCAUUGGAAUCGGGCAUAACAGCGACGACGGGAGCGAUUUCCACGGCUACGACGAUGGCAGCGCAGGCGAAUCUGCCAACGACAUCAGCGAAGGGAAGCCCACAACUUCAGCAGCAGCAGCAGCAUCCACCACUGUCCAAAAACAACCAGCUACUGCAUCCAAACGAGGUCGUCGGCAGCAGCGGAAGCCAUAACACGUCCGAGGAGCAGGCGGUGCCCAGCAUGAGCUUUAAGUUACGUUCACAACUGGAAGAGCUUAAACACCUGCCCCAGCCGCUGGGCAGCAAUCUGCUGACCCACAACGAGCAGGAUUUGUGCAAGAAACUGAAUAUAACACCCACCACCUACCUCUCCCUGAAAACCGUCUGUCUGAGUGGAGCGCCAUCGUUGGGCAGCCCCAUGGAAAUAUCCCUGCGCAAGUUCUUCAUCAAAUGCGGCUGGCUGAGCCAUUGAAUGCCCCUUUUGAACCGCCACCACCACCGCCCCCGCCCUAGAAUCGAAUGGUAAGUAAAACGCUUCACACAUUUGCUGACUUAGGGACUUCACUUUUAUUUUGAAAGCGACGUUUAGUAAUAAUAAAAAAGACAACAAUUUUCGACUGUUCCAACUUGUGUUGCCAUCAUAAAAAAAAAACAACAAAAUAUAUCUCACUUGUAUCAAGUCAGGCUCAGACACUUCAGGACACUUUUGUGUCCCCCGCCCCACCCCCCAUUCAAUUAGCUAAAAGUUUGUUACUUCGUGUGAGAGAUGGUGUCGUCUCUAGUGUAAGCGCCCGAUCAAGGUUCAGAUAUUUUGUAUUAUCUAUGCGUAAGUAGGCCACGCCCCCAACCAAUUAAACAUUGUAUAAAGAUAAUGAAAUUGAAAAUGAUGAAAUAAAUGUAUUGCAAAUGUGCAACAAUGAA